AUGGAUGAUUUUCCUUUAGUAAAAGGAGUAUCAAGGAAUCGUUUAACAAUGGAGUGGGUCAAACUUAAGACUCUUGGCCAGGAUUCUAGUUCACUUCAAAAGGAGCUACAAAUCUUCAAACGGUUUGUUGGUUGUGGUAACAUUGUUCAAUGUUAUGGUGAUAUGGUGAGCAUUGAUCAAGGGAUGCUAGUUUCUAACUUGUUUCUUGAAUACGCUCCUGGUGGUAGUCUUUUGGACUUGAUGAUCAAGAAAUAUGGGGGAAUGAUACCUGAAGGUGAUGCCAAGUGCUAUGCCAGAAUGCUGCUUGAAGGGAAUGGUUCCAUUUGUAGACUGAAGAUUGCUGAUUUUGGCCUGGUUAGGCGACCUAGGGAAAGACAUCAUAUGCCAGAUCCUUGGGUGCCAACUUUUACAGGUACAGCAGUUUACAUGUCACCAGAAUCUGUUAUUUAUGGACACAUCAGUACUGCCUUAGAUAUAUGGUCCAUAGGGUGCAUUGUUCUUGAGAUGAUUACUGGAAAACUACCAUAG